AUGCCACCUCCACCACCCCCACUUCCUUCUGCAGGACAGAAGCCAGUUGCAACACCAGAAAGCUCGCCGUUCCUUGCUCCAGGGCCGUUUGACAUGCUUCCCCGUCCUAAGAAGAAGCUCAAGCAGCUGCAUUGGGAGAAAAUUGACGACCCUGUUGGUUCGUUCUGGGCCAACAUGGGUUCAGAGGAUAUGGCCAAACAGCUUCUGGAAAACGGUAUUUUUGACGAGAUCGAAGUGAUCUUUGCCGCCAAAGAGGCCAAGCGCAUUGCUCGCAAGAAGAAAGAAGAUGCGAAGAAGAUUUCUUUUUUGAGCACAGACGUUUCACAGCAGUUUGGAAUCUGUCUUCACUCGUUUUCCGGGCUUGAUGACGAACAGGUGGUUGCAAAGAUUCUGCGGUGUGAUAAAGACGUUCUGGACAAGAGCGCGCUGCUAGACUUCCUUGCUAAGCCGGAAUUGAACGAGAUAUCCAAUACAUUGGCUAAGAACUUCGAGCCGUACUCGACAGACUGGCAGAACGACAAGGAGGCCAAGCAUGACAAGGAUCCGAGCGAGCUUGCCAGAGCAGAUAGGAUAUACCUGGAGCUGAUUUACAAUUUGCAGCAUUACUGGAAGUCGAGAAUGCGCGCGUUGAACGCCAUUCUUAACUAUGAAAAGGAUUACGAGGAGUACGUCAAGAAGCUGGAGAUGCUUGAAAAGGCUUUGGAGAGUCUUGAGAACUCCAAGACUCUGCGGAAAGUUUUUGACAUUAUUUUGAUUGUCGGUAAUUACAUGAAUGACAAGUCCAAGCAGGCGCAUGGGUUCAAGCUGAGUACGUUGCAACGACUCGGUUUCCUAAAAGACCACAAAAACCUAAUUUCGUUCCUGCACUAUGUGGAAAAAGUGAUCAGAGAAAACUACCCAGAGCUGAUCUCGUUUGUGGACGAUUUGAAGCCCACGAUCGAUGCAGCAAACAUUUCCGUGGAGCAACUGAAGAACGACUGUCAGAUGUUUUCACAAUCGAUCCGCAAUAUUGACGCUUCGUUGCAAGACGGGAACUUGAGCGAUCCGUCGAAGUUCCACCCGAUGGACAAGUUUUUGCACGUUGUUUUCCGCGGCCUGCCGAACGCGCGCGCCAAGGCCGAGCUGCUGAGCGACCGCUCAAAGCUUGUGAUGGAGAAAUUUGAUUCCAUGAUGCGCUAUUUCGGCGAGGAUCCAAACAGCGACGAGUUUGUGCGCAACUCGUUCCUCAAGAAAUUCAGCGAGUUUGUCGAGAACUUCGAGCGUGCCUCGAAGGAAAACAAGGAGCUCGAGGAGCGCAACAAGAAAUACGAGAUGAGCAUGAAACGGUUUGAGGAAAGCAAGAAG